CAGCCACAUACAACCUGUUGACGGAUCCGCCGAAGAGGCUGAAGAAGUAGAAGAUGCUCUGGGGUUGAAUGGCGUGCAAGGAAGAGGAGAAGAAGAAGAAGAAGAAGCGACUGUAGAAGGGGAGCCGACUGUCCCCCUCGAUGCGCCUGGGCAAGAGAAACAGGAAUAUGACAUUUCUCUCUUCGUAAAAGCUGGCAGUGAUGGGGAAAGUAUUGGAAACUGCCCAUUUUCUCAACGUCUCUUCAUGAUUCUCUGGCUAAAGGGUGUUGUUUUUAAUGUUACCACUGUGGAUUUGAAACGGAAACCUGCAGACUUACAGAAAUUAGCUCCAGGAACAAAUCCUCCAUUUAUAACUUUUGAUGGUGAUGUUAAAAUAGAUGUAAAUAAAAUUGAAGAAUUUCUAGAAGAAAAGUUAGUACCACCAAGAUAUCCUAAACUUUCACCAAACCAUACAGAAUCUUAUUCUGCAGGAAAUGAUGUGUUUGCUAAAUUUUCUGCAUUCAUAAAAAAUACAAGGGAAGAUGUCAAUGAACAUUUAGAAAAAACACUGCUUAAGGCUUUAAAUAAACUGAACAAUUACUUAAAUACCCCCUUGCCUGAAGAAAUAGAUGCCAAUAGCACUGAAGACAUCACCGUUUCCACAAGGAAAUUCCUAGAUGGUGAUCAACUCACAUUAGCAGAUUGCAAUCUCUUGCCAAAGCUUCAUAUCAUCAAGGUUGUGGCAAAGAAGUUUAGAAAUUUUGAAUUUCCAUCUGAAAUGACUGGUAUCUGGAGAUAUUUGAAUAAUGCAUAUGAUAGGGAUGAGUUCAUUAAUACAUGCCCUGCAGAUCGGGAAAUAGAAUAUGCCUAUCUGGAUGUUGCAAAAAGAAUGAAAUAA